AGGCUGAAUGGGUGGGGGGCAUUUCACAGAGCAGUAGGUGGGAGUGGAGUCUGACCGCAGAGGGUCCACUGUUUAAGAGAAAGGGAACUCUCUCACUCUCUCUCUCUCUCUCACUCACUCACUCUCUCACUCACUCUCUCUCUCUCUCUCUCUCUCUCCUCAGUGGCUGCACAUCAGCCGGCUCUGAAGGUUCAGACUCCAGUAAACACUCAGAGAGGGAAGAUGACAGAGCUGUCGGAGCUCUGAGACACACACACACACAUUAGAAGUGAGAAGACUCUUCACCAUCACUGCUGCUGCUGCUGCUGCUGCUGCUGCUGCUGCUCGGUGGAGACUGUAAUCUGUGUGUGAGGACUGGUCAGACCUGAAUAGACGUCUCCGUUCCAGCUGCUACUUCACCAGAGGCUGCAGAGCCAGCGUGUCAUCAUGUGGACGAAAGGCUUUCUUCUGGGCUUCGCCACCGUGGUCCUAGUGUUCCAGCUCUCCACGGCCGGCCUGGUGAAGGUCCUCCGCCACCGCAGAGAGGCUCUGAUGCCCAAGAAAACCCAGGAGAACCUCACCCUGCCCCACCCCGACCAGCCGGUGGUGUUCAACCAUGUCUACAACAUCAAUGUCCCCUCCACGUCCCUCUGCUCCGUGGACCUGGACUCACCGGGAGCCACAGAGGUCAAACCAAGAACCCAUGCCCCGAUGAACGUGCAGAACGAGGAGCACAUUGAGCACACGGUCGACGGAGACAAUCAGAUCGUUUUCACCCACCGCAUCAACAUCCCCAAGCAGACGUGCAACUGCAACAACCAGGUGCCGGACAUGAAGGACAUCCUGAACAGGCUGGAGAUGCUGGAGGCCGAGCUGUCCAGUCUGAGGGAGCAGUGCAGCAGCGGCACAGGAUGCUGUGGAGCUCAGGUUACAGGCGAAGUCGUCACAAAGCCGUACUGCAACGGUCGUGGGAACUGGAGCAGUGAAACCUGCACCUGUACAUGUGAACCCGGGUGGAAAGGCCCCAACUGCACCGAACCCGAGUGUCCCAACGAUUGCCAGGACCAGGGUCGCUGCUUGGAUGGCAAAUGCGAAUGCUUUGAGGGCUUCGGCGGCGACGACUGUGCUGUGGAACUCUGUUUGCUCGACUGUGGCGACUACGGCCACUGCGUCGAGGGCUCCUGCCUCUGUGAGGAAGGCUUCCUCGGUAUUGACUGCUCCCAGACCAACUGCCUCAACAACUGUCUCGGCCGCGGACGCUGCAUAGAGGAUGAGUGUGUCUGCGACGAGCCGUGGACGGGCUUUGACUGCUCCGAACUCAUCUGCCCCAAUGACUGCUACGACCGGGGACGCUGCAUCAACGGCACCUGCUACUGUGACGAAGGCUUCACCGGGGAAGACUGCGGCAAUCUCACGUGUCCCGGUGACUGCAACAGUCGUGGCAUGUGCGUGAAUGGCCUGUGCAUGUGCCAGACUGGCUACAGCGGAGAGGACUGCUCAAAGCUCACGUGUCCGUCAGACUGCAAUGAGAAAGGCCACUGCUUCAACGGGAAGUGCAUCUGUGAUCCAGGGUUCGAGGGCGAAGACUGCUCCAUCCUUUCAUGCCCUGACAACUGCAGCAACAGGGGGCAGUGCAUUAAUGGAGAAUGUGUCUGCGACAUUGGGUACCAAGGCGAAGACUGUAGCGAGAUCUCCUGCCCUAACAACUGCCACGACCGCGGCCGCUGUGUCGACGGACUGUGCAUAUGCGACAAGGGAUUCGCUGGAGAGGACUGCAGCGUCAAAACCUGUCCUAAAGAUUGCCUGGGACGCGGUGAAUGCAUUGACGGCAAGUGCGCAUGCUUUGCUGGUUUCGCGGGUAAAGACUGCAGCGAGCUGACCUGUCCCAACGACUGUCUGGACCGCGGCCACUGCGUGAAUGGACAAUGUGUUUGUCACAAAGGCUUCACCGGUGAGGACUGCAGCGAGCUGACCUGUCCUAACGACUGCCAGGACAAUGGCCGCUGCGUGAAUGGACAAUGUGUUUGUCAUAAAGGCUUCACGGGCGAGGACUGCAGCGAGAAGACGUGUCCCAACAACUGUAAGGACAAUGGCCGCUGCGUGAACGGACAAUGUGUUUGUCAUAAAGGAUUCACCGGCGAGGACUGCAGCGAGAAGACGUGUCCCAACAACUGUAAGGACAAUGGCCGCUGCGUGAACGGACAAUGUGUUUGUCAUAAAGGCUUCACCGGCGAGGACUGCAGUGAGAAGACGUGUCCCAACAACUGUAAGGACAAUGGCCGCUGUGUGAAUGGACAAUGUGUUUGUCAUAAAGGCUUCACCGGCGAGGACUGCAGCGAGAAGACGUGUCCCAACAACUGUCAGGACAACGGCCACUGCGUGAAUGGACAAUGCGUUUGUCAUAAAGGCUUCACUGGGGAGGACUGCAGCGAGAAGACGUGUCCUAACAACUGUCAGGACAACGGCGACUGCGUGAACGGACAAUGUGUUUGUCAUAAAGGCUUCACUGGGGAGGACUGCAGUGAGAAGACGUGUCCCAACAACUGUCUCGACAGAGGUUUCUGUGUCGAUGGCAACUGUGUGUGCUACGAGGGUUUCACAGGAACGGACUGCUCCGUGCUGACCUGCCCGGGCGACUGCCAGAACCAGGGACGCUGUGAGAACGGACUGUGUAUCUGUGACGAGGGCUUCAUCGGAGAGGACUGUUCUGAAGUCUCACCGCCCAAGGACCUGAAGGUGGUGGAGGUCACCCCCGAGACCGUGGACCUGUCCUGGGAGAAUGAGAUGCGUGUGACUGAGUACCUGAUCACCUACGUCCCCACGGCACCAGGGGGCCUGGAGCUGGACAUGCGGGUCCCCGGAGACCAGAAGAUGGCCACAAUCCGGGAGCUGGAACCUGGCAUCGAGUACCUGGUCAACGUCUUUGCGAUUCUCAGCAACAAGAGGAGCGUUCCUGUCAGUGCCCGAGUGGCGACGCAUCUGCCUGAGCCUGAAGGACUCAAGUUCAAGUCAGUGAGGGAGUCGUCCGUGGAGGUGCAGUGGGAUCCACUGAACAUUCCCUUUGACGGCUGGAACCUCAUCUUCAGGAACACGAAAGAGGAGGAAGGUGAGAUUCUGAACGCGCUCGGUCGUCCAGAGACCACCUUUGAGCAGUCGGGCCUGGGACCCGGCCAGGAGUACGAGGUCAAGCUGGAGGUGGUGAAGAACAAGAAGCGUGGGCCGCCGGCAUCCAAGAACAUCGUCACAAGAAUCGACGCUCCCAGCCGCGUGGACGUACGCGACGUGACGGACACCACCGCCCUGGUGACCUGGUUCCAGCCCGUGGCUCACGUGGAAGGCGUGAGCGUCUCGUACGGACCGAGCUCGGAUCCCAGCGACCGCAGCGUGGUGGAGCUGAGCAACACCGACACCCAGUAUCACCUGGGAGGCCUCGCUCCCGACACCCACUACGAGGUUUCCCUGACGGCGCGGCUGGGAGACAGAAGCAGCAUUCCCGUGUACGAGUCCUUCCUCACAGACCUGGACGCACCCAGAGACCUGCAGACGGUGGAGCUGACCGACGAGACCAUCACCCUGGAGUGGACCAACAGUCACGCGCAGGUGGACAACUACCGCAUCAAGUACGGAACGCUGUCCGGAGGCGAACACGGAGAACUGCUCUUCACUGCGGGACCGAAGGAAACCACGCAGGCCAAGAUCACCGGCCUGAGACCCGGCACAGAGUACGGGAUGGGAGUCACGGCGGUGAAAGAUGAGCGCGAGAGUCUGCCCACGACGACCAACGCCGUGACCGCUCUGGACGCUCCCAAAGACCUGACGGUGACCGAAGUGUCAGAAACCACCAUCACGCUGGAGUGGAAGCGUCCUCUGGCCAAAAUGGACGCCUACAGACUGGUGCACGUCUCCGCGGACGGCCACAGGCGCGAGGACACGAUCCCGGUCGGCACGGAGACUCACGUCCUGAAGGGCCUGACGCCCGGCAUGUUGUACACCAUCAGCGUCACGGCGGAGAGAGGACGCAGGACCAGUGUCCCCACGACUGUCUCAGCACCAACAGACGAGGAGAAGCCUGUGGUGAGCGACGUUACGGUGAGCGACGUGUCGUGGGACAGCUUCCUCUUGUCCUGGUCGGCCGAGGACAGGGCGUUUGACGCCUUCCUCGUCGAGGUGACCGACGCGGAGACGGGCGCCGAGUGGCAGAACCACACGGCGCCCGGCGACGCUCGCAGCUUCGCCGUCACCGGCCUCUCGCCCUCCACCUGGUACAGGGCCAACCUGUACGGGGUUUACAGGGGCGUCCUGUUAGACCCGGUCUUUGCAGACACCAUCACAGAUCUGGGAGCUCCCAAAGGAAUCCGCUUCUCUGAAGUCACCGACACGUCCGCCACCGUUCACUGGGCGCUACCGAGAGCUCGCGUGGACAACUACAGGGUCACGUAUGUCCCUGCACACGGAGGUUACGCUAAGACUGUGACUGUGGACAGUUCAGAGUCUCACACUGUGCUGCCCAACCUGACCCCCGGGGUCACCUAUCAGGUCACCGUCAUCGCGGUCAAAGGUCAACGGGAGAGUGAGCCGGGGUCAGACAGUGUCACCACAGCCCUGGACAAGCCUCGCGGUCUGACCGCGGUCAACAUCACAGACACCGUGGCGCUGCUGCUGUGGCAGCCCGCCUUCGCCACCGUGGACGGUUACGUCCUCACGUACAGCGCAGACUCAGUGGCUCCGGUGAUGGAGCGCGUGUCAGGGAACGUGGUGGAGUUUGAGAUGAGCUCUCUGACGCCGGCGACGCACUACACUGUGAAGAUUUACGCGGUGAGAGACUUGGCCAAGAGCGCAGCCACGACGACCGAGUUCACCACCGACGUGGACGCCCCUCAGGAUCUGACUGCCACUAACAUCCAGACAGAAAGCUGCUUGUUGACAUGGAAACCUCCUCGUGCCGACAUCACCGGCUACAUCCUGAGCUUUGAGUCAGCUGACGGCUCCUUCAGGGAGGUUGUUCUCAGUCCCACUGCUGUGUCGUACAACAUGGCUCAGCUCAGCGCCUCCACUGAGUAUUCAGUCAGACUGCAGGCCAUCGCUGGACCUAAGAGGAGCAGAAUCAUCACCACUGUCCUCACCACCACUGGUGUGUUGUACAGACAUCCCAGAGACUGCUCUCAGGCUCUGCUGAACGGCGACACAUCAUCAGGUCUGUACACCAUCUACGUGGGAGGAGACGAAAACCAGCCCGUCCAGGUUUACUGUGACAUGGGCACUGAUGGGGGCGGAUGGAUCGUUUUCCUCAGACGCCAGAGCGGGAAGCUGGAGUUUUUCCGCAACUGGAAGAAUUACACGGGCGGCUUUGGCGACAUGAAUGAUGAAUUCUGGCUCGGUUUGUCCAACCUUCAUAAGAUCACAGCAGGAGGUCAGUACGAGCUGCGGGUCGACCUGAGAGACAAAGGUGAAGCCGCCUACGCUCAGUACGACAAGUUCUCCGUCUCUGAACCUCGAACCCGCUACAAAGUGCACGUGGGUGGAUACAGUGGAACAGCAGGCGACUCCAUGACGUAUCACCACGGUCGUCCGUUCUCCACCUAUGACCACGACAACGACAUCGCCGUCACCAACUGCGCUCUGUCCUACAAAGGAGCGUUCUGGUAUAAAAACUGUCACCGGGUCAACCUCAUGGGACGAUACGGAGACAACAGUCACAGCAAGGGCGUGAACUGGUUCCACUGGAAAGGCCACGAGCACUCGAUCGAGUUCGCCGAGAUGAAGAUCAGACCCUCCAACUUCAGAAACCUGGAGGGACGGAGGAAACGAUCAUAAACAAACCACCACGACCCCCUCCACUAACAAACAACACCGCUACUACAACUCCGCCCCCUUCUCCAAACAACCACCAUGAGCACCCGCCCACCCAGCAGCAACCAAAGCCACUGCCGAGAGCCUCACUGCCUCCACACGUCUCCAGCCGCGAUCUUCCUUCCCUCCUUCGUCACACGGCCGUGGAAAACGACGCAGUGCUGAAAUCAGUUUGCAUGUUUUAAAAAACACAAAAUAAACUGGAAUUCAAAUCAAACCCAUGCAGAUUCUUCUUCACGCACCAAAGAGAGCAGGAACAUCUCGAUGUCACCUCCUUCUGCUCGCGUCAGUCAUGGAGAGGAAGGACAGGAGUGUUUAUGGUUCAGUGUUUGGGUUCAGGGUUUGUUUUUUUAUCGUGAACUGUUUCCACGUACGGUUCUGAUUUAAACAUUCAUCAUCUCAGAUGUGUUCAUGUCUUCACUCGUGUCAGUGUCACUUCUGUCCUCCACAGGUUUCCUUCCCCUCGUCUCCUUCAACACAAGCCAACGUUUGAUGGAAAAAAAUCCUAUAGGAAAGUAUUAAACCGGCCACGUCCCACAUUCUCCCGGAUGUUUCCAUUUAUGCUGCGUUCCAUUUGUAGUCGGAACCCGGGAAUUUCCAAGAUCAUGAUUAGAAACCUAGAAACCCAUUUAUCGUCCACACGAGGUGCGCCAACCCCAGCCACAACAACCAUCACUCUCUCACCUACUUUUUUUAAGGUUAAGGUUAAGGGUUUUUAAGCCCCCCGCCCCCCCGAAUUUCGAUUUCCCUCAGAAACUCAGAGUUAGGAUUCCUUUAGUCUGUAUGGAACAGCUCACUAUUUGGCAGACAGGCUGUUGAUGAAUGUAUGCAAUCACUCAUUAUUUGGCAGCCAGUCUCUUCAAGGAUGAAUUGAGCGGAUCAUUAUUUGGCAGUCAGUCUGUUGGUGGAUAUAGAUGCGAGCUCAUUAUUUUGCAAUCAGUUUCUUGGUGGAUCGAUAGAGCAGCUCACUAAUUGGCUCGCCCGGCGUCCAUAACUUCUCUCUGGGAACGCUGCAAACUCCCGAGCUUCGAUGUAAAAUGGAACGCAGCAUUAUUCCGUAAAUAAGGCAUCACGCUACUUCUACUACCACAGUAUUAUGUUUUUUUUGUUUGUUUUUUUAAAUCUAAAGAGCGUCAGAGGAAAAAAGAGGAAAAGCUUCGAUUGGUCUGCUCGUGUGAACGCGCGCAGGCAGGACCUACAGUUUAUCGCUCGGUUUACGAUAAGACGCGGAGAUUACGCUCGUCUUUUAUCUUGUUUUUUUUCUUUUGUUUCUUUGAGAAAUGUGAAUAUAACAGUACAUACUGUAAAUGUGGAACAAAGGGAAUGUUUCGUCGUUGUUGACACAAAAAGAUGUUGAUGCUGAAAACAUUUAAAAAAAUAAAAUAAUUAAAUUAAAAGAGGAAAAAAAAGGCCAACUCCCAAGUCCAUAAUUAAAGUCUAUUAUGUUGAUGAAAAAAAUAGGCCAAAACUAGAGAACUAGUUACUGUUAAUAACCCCCACCCCCACACACCCUGACCCCGCCCUAUGCCCCGCCCCUGCCCCGCCCCCCUGCGACAGCAGGAUACUAAACCACUGACCUUCUAAAGAAUGCCUGUGUAAAUUAAGUCUGUUUUUAUUGUUUUGUUUGUUUAUAACUGGGUGAACAAGUGUUUCUCUGUAAGCUGUAUUACAAUAAACAGUUUGUUUAAAAGGAAGAA